CAGUGACCAGAUCCACAGGACUUCUUAAAGCUAAUACAGACUGCAAAUCUGAUAAAUACCAAAGCCUUUUUACCGCACUUUCAUUAUAUCUCAGUAAAGAUUACAUCAGUUAAGCAAACCAGCGUGUCUUUCCUUGAGAUUCGGUAUAAACUUGAUGUGAAGCUGUGUCCACGAGACAGCGGAGACAUUAUAGUAAAAAGGCUUUUAAAACGUUAUCAGAAGCAGUUAAUCAGCUUUGAAUCGUCCGCAGCAGUAAAAAAGACUCAUAAAUCCUGUGCCCUGCAGUCUGUGUCGGAGUAAGGGCGCGAAGCACUAGAAAGUGAAACUAAUUCUCUCACGUGCUAUAACACCGCUGUGCUGUGUCCAGUCAUCAUCAUUAUCUACGCUGCCAGCUAAAUCAAGAUGCAGAACCCAGAGAACAGCACUCUGACAGUUAACCCUCAAUGCUCCUAUAAAGAGGAAGACACCUUGCCAAGAAGUAGAUCUAGGUGCACAACAUUGUCUAGAGCAUCCAGUCAAACAAAUCUAACUUCGGUUAGCGCCGAUGCAUCAAGAUUUAAACGCCAUAGUUCUAGACACUCAAGCACCACCAGCCUGUCAUCCGCUAGCGCCAUAGCAACUAAGGCAAGAGCAAAAGCAGAGGCAGCUUGUGCAAUGGCUUCCUAUGCAAAGCAGGAAGCUGAAUUGAUGAAAGAACAAACAAAAAGUGAAUCUGAAGCACUUAGAAGAGAAGCUGAAUUGAUGAAAGAACAAGCAAAAAGUGAAUCUGAAGCACUUAGAAGAAAAGCUGAAGCACUUAGAAGAAAAGCUGAAGUGCAAGCAUCUUUACACUUACUGCAACAGCAGAAAAACGCUGCAGCAGCCUUAGCCGAGGCAGAAGUUCUCACAAGGGCUGCUGAAGCUCAGUUCGCUGACAUAGAAACCCAGAUGUCACCCCUCAGCGCAAGCCAACGUACCCGUGAGUACAUACAGUCACAAGCAACCAUGUACACUGACCAGCAGUUCAAUGACACACCAAGGCCAUCAUUGACUCCACCAGCAAUAAGCAACUUUGAUACUAUGCAACACUGCAAGACUGAAUCAGAACCUCAGGGUAGGAAGUCAAGUGGUCGCAUGCUCAGAGACCAAUCUGCCAACCUGACAAGAGUGCAAACGGAUGCUGAUGUACUCCCUCCUCAAGCAAAUACAAGUCUGGAUUAUAGCAGAAAGACUUACAAUAGAGGAGAACAAAGCAGACUUAGUCAAGUACCUCAUCAGCCUUACCAGCCGCAGCCAUACCCUGAGUUUACACCCAGGAAGUAUUCACCAGAUGCAGCAAGAGCUACAGAGGUAGCAAGAUUCCUGAUGCGCCGUGAGAUAGUGAGCGCUGGUCUCAUGAAAUUCGACGACCGUCCAGAAAACUACUUGGCCUGGAAGUCAUCUUUCCUAAGCGGUACCCAAGACUUAGAUCUGACAGACAGAGAAAAGCUUGAUCUGCUCGUCAAAUGGCUAGGACCAGAGUCCACUGAGCAAGCCCAAAGAAUCAGAUCAGUACAUGUUCAUGACGCAGCAGCAGGACUUGCAAUGGUGUGGAGGAGACUAGAACACUGCUAUGGGUCACCUGAAGUGAUUGAAGAUGCUCUUCUGAAGAGGAUAGAAAACUAUCCAAGAAUGACAAAGAAAGACAAUCAAAAGCUGAGAGGGUUUGGGGACCUACUCUUAGAAAUAGAAGCCGCUAAGUCUAGUGGAUAUCUGCCAGGUCUCUCAUACUUAGAUACAGCACGUGGAGUUGAUCCCAUAAUCGAGAAACUUCCUUUCAACUUGCAGGAAAGGUGGGUCACUCAAGCAUCAAGAUACAAGAAAGAACAUUGAGUCGCAUUUCCAUCAUUUGCCUUCCUUGCUGAAUUCAUCGUAGACCAAGCUGAAACACGCAAUGAUCCAAGCUUUGCUUUCCUGAACAAGAGAACUGCAAGCUCCCCAAAGGUAGAGCAAAAACAUCCAACGCCUUACAAAGAACGCAGAGCAACAGUUUCUGUACGGAAGACAGAAGUCUCACCUGAGUCUGCAGUCAAUCAGGAAGACAACACAAGUAAGAAAGUUGAGGAGCCAGACAAAAUAUGUCUCAUCCACAACAAGCCUCAUCCACUAAGAAAAUGUCGCAGUUUCAGAAGUAAGACGUUAGAAGAGCGCAAAGCUUACCUUAAAGACAAUCACAUUUGUUUCAGAUGUUGCGCUUCAAUUCAGCAUCUUGCAAAAGACUGUACAAAAACAAUAAAAUGCACAGAGUGCAACAGUGACAAACACCUGUCAGCACUGCACCCAGGACCAUCACCAUGGAAACAAGAAGUUCCAGCAACUCAAGAAGAUCAUGGUGGGGAGCAAGGCGAGAGUACAACGCCAGCAGUAACCUCAAAGUGUACUGAGAUCUGUACAGAGCAGGGCCGCCCCAGAUCAUGUUCCAAGAUAUGCUUAGUCAAGGUGUAUCCUGCAGGCUUUAGAGAAAAAGCAAUCAAGAUGUACACAGUCUUGGAUGAACAGAGUAACAGAUCUCUGGCAAAAACAGAGUUCUUUGACCUCUUCGGUGACAAAGGAAGUCCAACUCCAUACACCCUGAAGACUUGUUCUGGAGUUGUAGAGACAACAGGGAGAAGAGCAAACAACUACAUCA